GUGGUCAUGCGGUUAUUUUUAAACAUGGGGAGGAAGUAUUUAUUGUUUGGGCGAGGAGAGUGGGCAGCCUGUGGGAUUCUUCUAGGGAACCAGCGCUGAGUCCUUUCCACCAUGGCACCCAAGAAAGCCAAGAAGAGAGCCGAGGGCGCCAAUUCCAACGUGUUCUCCAUGUUUGAACAGACCCAGAUCCAGGAAUUUAAGGAGGCCUUCACCAUCAUGGACCAGAACAGGGAUGGCUUCAUCGACAAGAACGAUCUGAGGGACACCUUUGCUGCUCUUGGGCGUGUGAACGUGCAAAAUGAGGAAAUCGAUGACAUGAUCAAGGAAGCCCCAGGUCCCAUUAACUUUACGGUGUUCCUAACGAUGUUUGGGGAGAAACUUAAGGGGGCAGACCCUGAAGAGACCAUCCUCAACGCGUUCAAAGUGUUUGACCCCGAAGGCAAAGGGGUGCUGAAGGCUGAUUACAUUAAGGAGAUGCUGACCACACAGGCGGAGAGAUUUUCCAACGAGGAGAUUGACCAGAUGUUUGCCGCCUUCCCCCCUGAUGUGACUGGCAACUUGGACUAUAAGAACCUGGUGCACAUCAUCACCCAUGGAGAAGAAAAGGACUAAGGGAGGGGCUCACUGCCCAACCUGGGCUUGUCUGUGUGGGGAGGGGGAGGGGGUCCCUGCUCUCCUAUCACUUGGCCCAGGAAAGCCACCAUCCCUGCCCCUGGCCUGUUAGCUGUGGCUGCCUCAUGUAUCUACCUCCACCUUCUUUGCAGCCUGGGUGGCUUAUUGACACCACAUGACCAUACAUCCUCAGAUGGAAAUCCAUGCAGAGGCCACGUCCAAAUAAACAGGAGGUCGUGUAUUUGUC